AUCUAAACCACUCUUUCAUUUUCCCUUGCUUUCUCAGAUUCCACCACAAUUUUCUCACCCCACAAACGCUCCCUAAAUCCUCGCCAUCACCACACACUCCUCAACCAUCCAUUUAUCACUCGCCAUGCACUCUACAAAACCACCACCCCACCAUCAUCCUCACAUCUUCAAGAAAUCUAAUUCAAAUAAUAUUAAUCUUUUUUUAUGUUUAAAGCCCGUGGUUGUCGAAGAUUUAUUUGCCAAUCCUAAGGGUGGCACUUCUUCAAAUUCAGUUUUUAAAUUUUUUGAUAUGGAACGUAAAGAUGAUGUUAUUUUCCCCCGUGUUUAUUCGGCUCCGGAGUUUACUGACUCCGCCGCUAAUCACCCGAAAAAGAAGAGUAAACGGCGGUUUUUACGUGUAGUUAAGGCGGUUUUCUUCGAGACAUCGCUGGCGAAGAAGAUUAAGAGAAGAACAUCAAUGAAGAAGAAGAAGCAUUCAAAUGGAGAAACAUUAUCUAAAGUUGAUAAGGAUUUGAACUUAGUAAAAGAAAAAUUACUGCAGCAAAAGAAAUUUUUUGAUGGAACAAGUGUUGCUUCAACCAUGUCAUCUUCCGUUAAUUCAACUGCUUCUUCGAUCAACAGUUCAACCCGAUUCGUCGAAAAGGGAACUUGGUUCGGGUCGUUUAAUCCGAUAGGGGAGAAUAAUAAGAAGAAACAAGAAACUAUGAUUCAAGAAGACGGAAAGGGUCAUUACGGAUCAAAUACCGGGUUGUUCUUGCUUCUCGUAACACUUUUGGUUUUGGUAUUAUGGGGUAAAAUAUUUGCUAUUUUAUGUACUUCGACAUGGCUGUUUUUCGUUCCGAAUUGGAGCAGUAUUUCCGGUAGGAAAUCGCUUAAGAUUAGUAAGAUUCAUGGCGAUUCGCCGGAGAUGGAAGAGAACAAGAAGAAGAUCAUCAUGGAAGGGUUUUUGGAGAGAAACCGUAAUCGUCUUCUUUGACAAAUAAGUAUUUAUUUAAACAAUAGAGGUAACUAAAUUUAUUUAAAUUAAUUCGAGAAUUCUGCCAAAUUGGAGAGUGUUUUAUUUUUUUUAGUUUAUGUUGCAGCAUGCUUUAAGUGUAAAUACGAAUUUCUGCAAGAUUUUAUGGGUUGUGAAUGUAAUUUGGAGGGCUAGUUUGUAGUAAUUUAUACAGCUAGCCCUCUAUUAUUGUUUAAUUUUUCUUUUUUUGCAAUUUUUGCAUU